AUGGAACCCCAGCAGGUCACCGAUAAGCCCAGAAGUGGACUUGUCCGAACAUUACGCACCAUCCAACGAUAUGUAUGGGACGACCCAGACAAGCCAGCUGAGGAAAAGAGGUUUUUGUUUAAACUCGACUGUUUCCUCCUGAGCUACACAUGCCUGGGUUACUUUUGCAAGAAUCUCGCACAGGCAAAUAUCAACAAUGCAUACGUAUCAGGCAUAAAAGAAUCCCUAAACAUGGGCGGAAGCGAAUUAACCUACAUGGACAAUGUGUUUACAGCGGGCUAUGUGAUCGGUCAAAUUCCAGCCGUCAUCCUCGUUACUCGUGUUCGCCCCUCACUUUUCAUUCCUACCUGCGAGCUCCUCUGGACAGUUUGUACAUUCUGCUGUUCUGCCGUGAAAACUGUUGAACAACUAUACGCCAUGCGUUUUCUCGUUGGACUCUUUGAGUCGGCAUAUUUCCCAUGUAUUGUAUAUCUCAUCGGUUCAUGGUAUACCGCGAGCGAGCGCGCAAAGCGAACGACAAUAUUCUAUUCGACGACUUCAUUGGCAACCAUGUUCAGCGGGUAUCUGCAAGCCGGUGCCUACGAUGGUUUGAAUGGACAUCUCGGUUAUGCGGGCUGGCAAUGGCUGUUCAUUAUUUGUGGUAUUAUAGGGCUCCCCUGUGCAUUGAUGGGAUUUGUAUGCAACCCCGAUUUUCCAGAAACAACUCGCGCCUUCUUCCUUACGCCCGAGGAAAUUCGACUUGCUCGUCGCCGUCUUGAGAGAGAAGGACUCGCUCCACUAGGAGCUUCUACGUGGGAUAGAUGGAAGAUUCUUCGCAUCGCACAGCACUGGCAGACAUGGGUACUCCCGAUAGGAUAUUUUAUCGUGCAAGCCGCCACUCCGAAUCAACAACCAACAUUUGCGCUAUGGCUUAAAGCAGAAGGGCGCUCUGUUUAUAAGGUCAACGUGUUACCAACCGCACAGUCGGCUGUGGCUGUCGUAGCGCAGAUUGCUGCAGGAAUGCUCUCAGAUUCACCACUAUUCAAGGGACGAAGAUGGCAGAUCAUAACAGCCAUGCAACUUUGGACAUUCAUUGGUUCGGUAAUUUUGCUUGUCUGGACCAUCCCACUGAGUGCACGGUUCUUCGCGUACUUUGUGCUCUGGGUUGCAUACGGCGUACCAGGCGUGUAUUUCGCCUGGUACCCAGACCUGAUACGAGACGACCAUGAAAUGCGAGGUUUUGUCAUUGCCGUCUCCAAUAUGUUUUGCUACAUCAUGAUGAUCUGGUACGAUGAUGCUGUUUGGCGUACUGCCGAGUCACCACGAUUUCGGCCAGGUUUCACUGCUGCUAUAACUUGUAGCAUUGUACUAGUGCUCUGGGUUUUGGGAAUACGUUAUCUGCAAGGUCGGGAGGAGGCAAAGAGGACAUUGACAGCCUCUUCAUCUGAUGAAGAAGAUGUUACCCAGGUCACGGUGGCUUUAGGAAGGGAAGAGGUAUCCAAACCUGAAGCACUGGCAGAAAAGUACUAG